GCGCAUUCAAUUCAAUCCGUGCGCAAAUCACAUUCUACCAUUCCAUUAUCCCAUUCCGCCUCUUCGACACCGGGUUUAACGGCUUUGAAACUUUGAGGCUUCGCGAUCGCUGGACCUGUGUCACCUCGCUCGGUUGGAUUUGCUCGAUAUAUACGCGCUAUCAAUUGCAAAGUCGUGUCGAAGAGGUCAAUCGAUGCUCUAAUUGUUGAUUUGGAUAUCGUGUUUCUUGUCAACGCAACCACCAUUCGCAAACCAUUGCAUACCGACGGCAAUUCGCACAGCUGACGCUCUCCCUCAGCCGAGUCUAUUUCGAAGCGCCACCAUUAUCACAAUCAUAAUCAUCAAUCCAACAACAAGACCGACCUCUUCAGCACGCUUCUGAGCUCCAGCGCGUAAAACAGAACACAAGCUCCCAGGGCUGCGCGCUCAGAGCAUCACAUACAAAAGAGCAUGAACAACUACGCAAGCAGCACCAUGAACGACUACAACGCGUCAGCGCGUCCGGGGUCAACGCGGCCAGGAUCGCGAUGGGCGCCUCCGGUACGAAAUCCCGAGCUGACGGAUCCGUGGGAACAAAUAAGCGACGAGCACCGGAACGAAAUUAAUGAUUGCUUCCACCUCUUCGACAUGAACAAAGACGAACAGCUCGACUUCUCCGAAUUCCGGUACGCCCUGCAAGCCCUCGGCUUCUCGAACCUCUCGCGACCAGACCUAAUCAACGCCUUCAAAUCCGCCGCCCGGCCGCGCGCGGGAUGGACACCACUCCCCACGCUCCCCAACCAACCGCCGCCAAACACGGCCCCGGGCGUCGUCGACCUGCGUCUCUCACGUGAAGGCUUCCAAGCCAUAGCCGCGCGGUACGUAGCAGCGCGGGACCCGCGCGAGGAGCUGUUAAAGACAUUCGCGCUGUUCGACCGCGGCGGAAAGGGCGUGAUCACGACGGACGACCUGCGCGGCGUGGUGAAGGAGCUCGGCGAGGACGUGCCGGACAACGAGCUGCACAGCAUGAUCGAGCAGUUCGACGUCGAGGGCAAAGGGGGCGUGAGCCGCGAAGAGUUCCUCGGUAUUUUCCUCGACAGGUGACCGAGUGUCCCACUUGACCCAAUAUCCCGCCGUCUGAAUCAUGUAUACCCCCUAGAUAGUCUUCGACAAAAGGGAAGACGAGCAAGCGGCAAGCCGAGGGGGUCCCAGACUACAGGGUCGGGAACGGGGACGAUACAAAAUAGUAUGGGGGUGACAGGAUGAGAAGCACGAUGAUCCGCUGGAUAAAGCGGUAGGUAGCUAGCACAUGCGGCUGCCGACGCGGGUAGCAGAGCCAAAAGCAAAAGGGGUCGCAGAAGAUACCGUACCUGCAGGAUCCCCUACCUACCUACCUACAGAAUUACCUCAAGUUUACAAUACUUUACGCCACAUUUCUCUUCAAACACACCAAGAACCGCUUUAGGUAAAGCGAUAGGAAGGGGUUUUAAUUGUAUAUACCCUAUGUCCGUCUUGCUUAUACGGAGCACACACUAUGUUGUCAUGGGUUAGGUUGGUUCUAAUCACGCGCGGAGUUUCCCUGGUAUGCGUUUGUUUAUUCAGCAUGGGAGAAUUUUGGAAGGUUGGCGUUCAGGCGAAGGAAAAAAGCAGGCGGAAUAUGAACUGCAUGAGCUAUAU